CAUCAACCUUCGACCUUACCAUCCAUUUUUGAGAGAGGAGCUCUGCAAAAUACUAUCUCCACCUCUUCCAUUCGAACCAAGCUCAAGAAGAAGGAGGAAGAAAGAAGGAGAAAAGAAGAGAGGAGGAGACUUGGGGAUUAACAAGGUAUUUCAAGAACCUUCACGGAGUUGAAAGGGUCGCCGGAGUUGUUGCCGGAGUUCGUUGAAGUUCACCGGAGUUUCACCGGGGCCAAAUCGGAGAGGCUAGAACUUCAUAAGCUUCAUUAAGGUAAGGUCAGACAGAACAAUUUGUGGCUGCCGGAGGUUAUACAGUUUUAUCCCCCGUUCAAAACAUAGCUUCUCGUUGCGCUGAGUAGGAAGGGUUUAGUCACUUAGAGCAAAUUUCAUCAAGAUGCGGCUCAUUUCUCAAAAGAAGAAGGAGACUAACUCAACGACAACCUCAACCUACAAAAAUGCUAGAGUGACAACAACAGAUAUGCCUCCCACAUUAGAAACAAAAACUGUAAAUCGUAAAUCGUCUAAUAUAUCCUCACUGCCACUAAGAAACUCAUUGCCACCUAAUAAGAGGUGUACUGCUCCCACACCUCAAAGAAAUACGCCCCCCAUCAACAAAUUCAUGUUUCCAACUAAAGAAGUUAGAACACAGUCGAACUCGACUUUUCAAAGAUCAAAUGUGUCAAUUGGUACUGCUCCUAAAAGAAAGAUCAUAGGGGACACUACACAUCCCAACAGUUCUUCUGGAGCUUUUUCACCACCAAGCAACAAUAAUCAUGGACAGAAAGAUAAUGAUGAAGCACUAAGUGAUGAAGCGAAUGACUUUAUCUCCUCACCGAGGACCACCAGUGAGGUUCCAACACGAGGGCCGUGCAAACAGAUUAAAACUUCACGUAUGGUGCGGACCACUAGACAAAGACUUAAAGUUGUAUACAAUGGAGUGACUAGACGUGCAACUAGUGCAGAGAUACAUAGUCUAUUAGUUCAUGACAUUGGAGCUAUUGUGAGGACACAUUGCCCAAUGGAUACAGGGUACUGGAGUACAAUUUCUUCUAACACUAUGACGGACCUCAUAGAUGAGAUAACUACAAACUUUGAUGUGGACCUACAAGACAAGGAGAUGAAGGGUUAUAUCUCCAGACUUUAUGCUGGAAGGUACAUAGAGUUCAAGGCUGAGCUAAGUAAAUACUUCAAGUCAUGCAAAACACUUGAGAAGGCAUUGGAAACACCACCUCGAGGGAUGCAAGAUAGAGAUGCUGAUGAAUGGACCAAGUUGUGUGAUCAUUUCAGUUCUGAAAAAUUCAUGAAAUCCUCCGUAGCUAAUACAAGCAACCGUUCUAAGAAAAAACACAAUCACCGCACAGGUUCUCGCCCCAUCGCAUACAUUGUAGAGGAAAUGGCAGCGGGUGGUUCAAAAUUUCCUGAAGUUGACACAUUUGAAUAUACUUACACUGGAAAAGAUAAGUCUUGGAAGAGUGACGAAGCUAAGGCUCAACAUGAUGAAAUGCUAGAAAAAACAGAUGAGUAUCUCUUGGGUGUGAUAAGAGAGCAGCAACUUCCUGAAGAUACUCCCUUAGAAGAGGUACCUGUUGAUAAUCCGGAUGCUGGACUUGAUAUUAUGGUAUCUGUUCUAGGUGUAAAGCCUGGGCGGAGAAUUCGUGGUUGUGGAGAUGGACGUCUUCGGGAUACCAAUUUAAAACAAAAGCAUAUGGAGAAUGAGUUAGCCGUUGAACGUGCUGCGAGAAAAGCUGCUGACAUGGCCCGAUUAGAGACAGAGAAAAGGUUACAAAAGAAAAUAAAGGUUAUGGGAAAACAAUUCAAUUCAACAUUGGAGGCAUGGCACACUUCACUACAACAGUCGUACAGUAAUGUCCCGGGGUUUAUUCUACCACCUUUUACAGCAUUACCAGUUGAUAUUGAUGAUGAGGUUGAAGAUGAACCAUAUGAUCUUGAUUAAGAUAAUCAUGGGCUUCAUGGCCAGAAGCGGUUAUUUUUUUGAUAUUAGAUUAACUUAUUAUAGACUAGAUCAAAACAUUUUAAGAUAUUACUUUUUCUUUCAUUAUGAAAGAAUGAAGAUCAGAUCAGAGUAUCUAUUGUUUUUGUACCUGUUACUUCAUAUGUAUACAUUGGUCUAGUCAUUAUAUUAAAAUAUGUAUUUGUGGCUGCAAGAAUAUGAUUUCUAUCACUAUAUCGAUGCAAAUUAACUUUUGCAUACGAAAGUAUAGUAUGUUGCAAACUCGUAUGUUAUCUUGUGACGUUUGUGCUCUUUAUGAUUUC